UUGUGUUUUCACAUCUAUAUUUGAUUUUAUUUAGUUGAUUAAUAAACCAUCUCUAUUGGAAUCGUUUUGUUGUUCUUGUUCCUUUAAGUAGAUGUAGUUUCUUGUCUUGUUAGACAUGUUCUUGUUGAAUUUGCUGGUUUGAAUUCAUUUGUUAAUAAGCACGCCAUUUUCUUUUGGUUCCAUUAUUUUCUGAAAGUCUGUCAAUAGUGAAAAUACACCUCUGGCAAUCUGACACUAUUCGUUUAUUGAAAAUAGGACUUUUAACACUCAAACUUUGGCAGUGGAUACACUAAACCAUCAAAAUUCUUCCAAUAAAUAACAUACCCGUGGUGUACCAGAAUCCAUUUGCGCAGAUGCAGAAAUGAUGUCCCUUAAAAAGAUCACGCAACCUCUGGAGCUGACUCCAAUGGAUCACGCACUAUUGCACCAACACCACCAACAGAGCGCGCUGCACCAGAAUGGGGGAACUACGUCGCCCGCGUCCACGGAAUCACUCGGUGAGGACGGAUGUUCGAAAACGAAUCUCAUCGUCAAUUAUUUGCCACAGACGAUGACACAAGAAGAAAUCAAGGCCCUGUUCUCAAGCAUCGGAGAGGUCGAGAGCUGUAAACUCAUCAGAGACAAGCCAACAGGUAAUGGCCAGUCACUAGGCUAUGGAUUCGUUAACUACAAGAAUCCACCAGAUGCUGACAAGGCAAUCAACACACUGAACGGGCUCCGCCUCCAGAACAAGACCAUCAAAGUCUCGUUGGCUCGUCCGAGUUGUGAAUCUAUAAAGGGAGCAAAUCUCUAUAUCAGUGGCUUGCCUAAGUCCCUAACGCAGCUGGAUUUAGAAAAACUUUUCUCCAGUUGUGGGCAGAUAAUAACUUCCAGAAUUCUUUAUGACCAAAACACAGGCCUUUCCAAAGGUGUAGGCUUCAUCCGGUUUGACCAGCGCUGUGAGGCUGAACGUGCCAUACAAAAGCUCAACGGGACGAUACCAGAGGGUGCCACUGAGCCAAUCACUGUGAAGUUCGCCAACUCACCGAGCUCCAACAAGAAUGCUCUUCCGACACUCGCGCUAGCACCGUACUUGUCGCCGACACGUCGUUUCCUUGGACCAAUCCAUCACCCAUCCUCGGGAAGAUUCAGGUACUCGCCUCUAGAGAGUUCCCUGCUGGGAACCAGCACCAUCCUCCCGUCAACCACUCCCACCACGAGUAGCACCAUCUCCGGAGCCGGCUGGUGUAUCUUUGUGUACAACCUUGCACCCGAGACUGAGGAGAAUGUCCUCUGGCAGCUCUUUGGGCCAUUUGGAGCAGUUCAGAGCGUGAAAGUCAUCCGCGACUUCCAGACACAGAAGUGCAAAGGAUUCGGAUUCGUCACCAUGAGCAACUACGACGAAGCACUCAUGGCCAUACAGAGCUUGAACGGCUUUGCGCUUGGGAAUAGGGUGUUGCAAGUCUCCUUCAAGACAAAUAAAAUGAAAUUGAUGUAAAGUUGGGACAUCCUGAGAUUGCUUGAAUAAUGUUCUAGUCAGUUGUUGUCAGGAUAUAUUUUGUUGCUAUGGAAACAUGAAUAUGGCCAGACUAAGGGGUUUGUCUAGUCAUUUUUUUAUCGUUAAAAGCAGUCGAGUUACAAAGUGAGGGAUGCUAUUUUGUUUUACUAGGAGGGGAUUAUUAUCUUUAUGAAUCUCAGAUUGAUGUGCAAUAGAUGUAAAUCUCCUCUCUCUGCAUGUUUGCGUUUCUAUAGCAGCAGAUGUUGGCAGGCUUAAUAAAGUUGAAAUCCAUUGAUGUGCUGUUUUAAAGAUACACUGUUAAAUAUAAGUUAUUAUGACCAGGCUUAUGAACAUUGGUCUUAAAUGCUUCUAAAAAUGUACAAUCUGGUCUUACAGAGCUUUUAUCAGGCUAAGGUAUUUUGUAUGUAUAUUUUUGCACCACUGUUGAAUUGCUCAGAACUGGCAGUCGUACACUGCAGUUUUUCAAAUUUUUUCUGACUGAUUAUUCAAUUCUGUGAUUUAAUGAAUUGUUAAUUAUAUACAGCUUGAAAAGCUAACAAAUCAGGUUAAAACAUGGUUAUUUAUGAGUAUAUGGCAUUCAGAUUGAAUGGUUUAUUUCUGUUGAGUAAAUUUUUUUAUACGCCAAUUAAAGGGAAUAAUGUACAGAGAAAGUAAAAGCAAGGACAGUUAAAAUCAUGUUACAUAAAAAAAAAAAAAGUAUGUAAUUUCCAAGCUAAUUGUGUAUCAAUUAUUUUUUUUUACAAUAAUGCAAUUUGAUAAAUGAAUGAAACAGUGUUAUAAUGUAAUUAUAAUUAGGUGUGUCACUGUCCUUAUGAAAUUAAAUGAUUUCAUACUUGGAAUAUACAAAGGGGCUUUAAGCUUGUAUAAUUUUAGAAGCAAAACAGAACCACAUUUCUAUAAAAUAUUGUUAUUGUUGAUUUUUAAAACCAAAUUGUUGAUAAAGUAAAUGCACCAAGUGAAUUUUUUUGUAAUAUUUGGUGUGAUUUUUAUGGUUUCUGAAACCGUGAGGAAAAUUGUAAUUGCUGGAAACUAUUUAUUAAUAGUAAAACCCAGAUCGGCUGGUUAGGUUUCUGUUCAUCCUAUUUAUUUAUAAGUAAACUUUAUUUGAGAGUGAUUAUAAUGAAUUAUGUAUGAUUUUGUGACUACAAUAUUUGUUUCUUUAUUAUUACUUCUGGGUUUUGUGAGUAACUUAUUCAAUGGUAGUUUUAGUUAAUUGUAUGUUUUAGAAGUAACAAAGUAUAUUUCCCUUUUCUUAUUAUUUAAAGAGUUGUGGUGUAACCAUGGUAGCGAGUGAUUCUGGAAUAUAUUGCCAUGAUUUAAUUCAUCAUAUCUUUUGAUUGUGACCUCUAUUGCAAUGGUUUCGUUAAAACCCCAAACAUAUCGAUGGAACCAACAACAUUUCACAUAUAUUAACUGAUGAUUUGUGGAUUUCUUUGCCAUUUAUUUUUACAAUGUUUUUAUUGAUCCUGUAUUAUGGUUGUUUCAUUAAUUUAUUUUAUUGAUGCAACAUGGUUGGCUUUCAAAUUUGCUCGGUGAAAGUUUUAGUGUUUUUACUUCAAAAUGGCUAGUUAUUUAAACCAUUUUUAGAUCAUUAAAACCGUUCAAAUUUAUUUUGCUCAUUUAAAGGGUGUGAACUGUUCUUAGCAUAGAAUUUUAAAGAUACAAAACCAUGACUUUUUUCACACCAAAUAAUCUGUCUCGCAGUUUUAUUGUGUUCAAUCUUAUUUUGUUUGUUUUAUCUUAUUUUCAUCAUAUCGUGGUGUGACGCUUUAUGUGUUGUGGAUACUUGAUUUUAGCUUUAAUUUUAUGUGUAUUUGAGAGUGUGUUUGUUCACUGUGUAAUUGAGUUCAAGCAUAUUUUCAAUCAUAACUUUAGUUGUCUGCAUUUUCGGUACAGCUAUUACAAUAGGUGUUCUUUCAGUUUCUUUUCUGUGAAAUUGUGUUCAUCUUUGGUUAACAUUUUGCAUGACAUUUUUCAGUUGAAAGCCAGGAAAAUGCACAAAUCAUCUCAAUAUAAAUGGUUUUCUUAAACAAAGUUUGACAGAAGGUUUUUUUGUUGACCAGAUUUAAAGGGCAAAUUUGAUACAUACAAGCUAGGCACCACAAUUCUAAACUCCGCUCAUAUGUUUCAUUCCCAUUUUGUUGAAUGUAGUACAGUGAUUAUUUAUCGCCAUAAACAAGUGCUUGGGUGUAUAUUUAUUUACAUUUAAGGCAAUUAGCAAUAAAUGGACUGUAAUUCUUAUAUUCUGUUAAGGCUGAUAAGGGUUAUUUUAAAUUUAAUUCUCAAUACGUAAGUUGCAAGAAGAGAUAAUCAUCUAAUUUAUGAUCAGUUAAUUUCAAAGAGCCAGCGCAUAAGAUACUGGUUACAAGCAUAAAUUUGAAAGGACAUUGACAGACAGUGAUCGAAAGUGACAAAUGCUGCUGAACUUAUACUUUGAAUUUUCUCAAAUAUCUCGACUAGUUUUAGAAGCAUUUUGCUCGUAUGUUUGUAUAACUUUGAUGUGCAGCAUCCAUUAUUUUUGGCAAGUAAGUUCUUCCAAAGUCAGUUUUUGAUAUUGACAAAUUUAGAUUGUUAAAUGUCUUCUGGGUUGUUCCAGUGUGAUUUAAUUUCACAUUAAAUGUGGCUGUUUUUCGUGUUACGGUCAGUGUUUUCUGUAGGAAAUAACAAUUUCUGCUUUCGUAUGCAGAUGAAUUUAGUCGAUGUAAAAUUGUUUUACAUAAAUGAUCUAAUUUAUACACUCAUCUCAUGAAUACUGGAAACAUUCCGUAAGCUGAGUCUGCAAGUAAAACUGAAUGACCAAAAGUGAUGACGUCAGGUGCAGGAAAAUACUGUCUAGAUGCAUCAAAAGCGCUUGCUCUAAUGCUACAUAAAUGCAAAAAAAAAUGUAUUUCAAAUAUGUUCAAUUGUCAUCUUGCAUCUAAACAGUAUUUAUUUCUGGACGGAAUGAAUUGGAUGUAUAUAUUCUUUCAGAUGUUGAUAUUCAGUUAAAACUUACAGGAAAUUUCAAGAUGAUUUUAUAGCCUGCUUUCUGUAAUUUUAACUGUUGUAUGAGAUCCGCUUUUGUAGGAAACUUUUCAAUAAUUUCUUAAAUAGAGUCCCAUUUAAUUGAUCUUUUUACAUGGUAUAUGUUGGGUAUAUUUUACACUGUACAUUUUUCUAAGGUUUUUUAAUACCAUAAUUAUGCAAUUUUUACACAGCAUCGUUAACAUAGCCAUGUUAUCUUUAUAACUUUAUAGAGUAUUAUUCACUUGGGAAAGGAUCUAUAUUUGAUGUGUAGAAUUCCUUUGAUUAUGUAAUUCAUCUAUUAAUUCCACCUUCUGUAAUGUUAAUUUCAAUUAAGUUGAUUAACCAAUUGCGUGCUAUUUUCCCCGAGUCUGUAUGAUGUGUGUUUUAACUCUAUCAGGGUUUGUUACAUUGUUGUGAUAUACGCAAUUUCAGUUUUUAAAGAUCCUUUCUCAAGUGAAACAGAUCAGAAGUGACCAAACUCUUGAAAAAAAUCAAUCAAUGUUUUAACAUUUCAUAGUGAAAUUUAAACAUUUGAAACACUACCUAAUUAAACCAUUUGAUAAUUGAAUUUUUGGAGUAUGGUCACUUAACAGUCAUGUGAACUAUGUAACAAAGAAAAUGGUCCAGUAAAUUUCAAUUCAUUCUCAUCAUUUUGUACACCAGAAAACACUUGACCAGCGUGGCAUUGAGGGUUAUGUAUUCCAGCCCACAUUAAUCAGGGGAUUGUCCAUUUUUCCAAAGAGAAAUAGGCUCUAAAUAUGGCUCAUGCAAUUUGUAAGCUAUGGAGAUAUUAAUUGUUCGAUUUUUCCCUUUAUAACAUUUCUGUUGAGAGGGCGCCCUUUCUUGAUGUAAAUUGAGGGCUUUAAUUCAUUCUAUCUCUAAAUUUUCUCAGAAAACAUUACUCUUGGUUAUGAGGUAUGAAAAACCAUACAAGUCAAGUCUAUUCUGAUGUAGGCUUCCCAUCCAAUCAUUUUCAUUCAUUUCCAUGGAAAUGGCAUUUUUCAUACCGGUCUUCUUCCAUAAAUGUUUUAGAGCAAUAAUUUAUUAAUGUUCAUAUCAGGAUAGUAAAAGUGUAUAAAGGCAACCAAGGUUAUGAUUGGAAUGUAGACCGCAUUAUCACUAUGACAUGGUUUGAGUGUUUGAGGUAGAUCUGGAUGUUACCUGCCUGUAGAGAGUAUAUAGCUUGAGCUCCUAUGGUCCAUGCAGUUUUAGAUGCAAAUUGUGUGGAGAUUGGUUGCAUGGACAUUCCUUUUGGGAAUGAAUAACAUUGCUACUGAAUACACGAUCAGGCGCUUUAAGAAUAUUUGCAUCUCAAAUUUGCAUUGAUUAUUUAUAGGAGCAUCAGUACAAGGCUUGGAAUAAAUUGCUAGGCUGUAGGGAGAAGUUCCAAUAUUUGUUUGUGAACUCUUGGAAAUGUAUGUUUGGCUAUCCUGAUGUAUCUCUGAAGUGUUGUCUGAUAAAAAAUGUUCAAAUUAAGAUCGUGCACGUUCAAAUUUAAGCAAUAUAUAUGUUACAUAUGUUUGUGUUUGUGAAAUUUUUAUUCUAGUUUUUCAAUGAUUGGUCAUGAAGUUUUCAUUGUAUCCUGUUUAUCCAAUUAUGUAUCUUACUUUUGUCAGUUAAUUGUUCAUGUUCUUGUUUCAAUUUUACUCUUUUCAUUAUAAUUAAUGAUAAUCUUUUAAGAUAUCAUUCCUUACUGGACAUGGUCUGAAUUAUAUGUACCAUCUGUGGGAUGAAAAGACAAUAAAUGAACUGAAUACAACUUCGCAAUGGAAAUGUUAAAAGAUUAUUGAAAGAGAAAUUAUUGGUUUAAUAUUGCCAAAAUGCUUUGUAUGCCAUAAUAAUAUUACGGUGUCUCCUGAGAUGCCGAAAAUGUCUAAAUAUUUGUCAAGGGUUAAAGACUGUGUCCAUUGAUUGACUUUGUUACCAGUUUUUGCUUUAGUGUGCUUUCCGCUUGAUUGUUUGUACUCUAUUAGCCUACCUCUCAUAGUAACUGUAAAAAGAAUAGUGAAUAACCUCAUAACUCAUUCUGCACUGGACUGCCGUGAUGCUCAACAGUUAUUUACUCCAGUUAAGGAUAAUCCUUACAAAACCACGUUUUUUAUUUUUCAUUGUUCGAGACAUUGAUAGUUUUUCUUAUCUGUAACCAUAGAUAAAAGAGAACAUCUUGAGAAUUUAUAACUUAAAUGAUAAAACGACCCUUUGCAGAUUGAGUUGUAACCAGUUCACGCCAAGUGUAAAAUCGCAUCAACUCAAAUGCAGUUAUAUUGCUUGGUAUUCUUGCAGAAGGGGGCAUUAUGAAAUGUUCUUUACUUAUGAAUUAGCUAGUUUUACACUUUCCAGUAUCAUGAUUCAAUUUGUUAAAAUUUUAAGUAAAGAAUUUAGUUAAUGUGGAUUUUAUUGUAUUCUUUCCAGUGUUGGUAUCUUUUGUAAGAUAUGAUUAAAAAAUAUGUUCAUUUUAUCAGGAAAAAUGUUAAUAGUGCCCUGGGCUUUAAGAACUUGAGAAACAUGUUUGGAAGGUCUGUUGCAGGACAUAUAUCAGUUUGUUUUACUCAUUUGUAACCUUGACAAUGGUGUUUAAAUACUUUUUAUUGGUUAAUUUAUGUGCACGGAAAAGGUUGAGGUAACCUCAAUGUUCAUAAAGCCCAGUUCACACUGACCUCUCAGCCCCUAAACCAUUUAAGCUCAAAACUCUCAUGUGAAACAAUUCUUCAGCUGGACAUUGUAAUACUUACAUAGUUCUCAAAUUGUGUAUUGCGUCUUGUAUUUUUUACAUGUGAAAACGUUUAAUAAAAAUAUAUAAUAAA